GUGGUUCUACUUGUACAUAUUUCACUCUACACACAGUUGGCAAAAGCCCUGUCUUUUCCCCCCUAAAGGCCGACACUAAGUCUCUACUCCAAGCCACCAGUCAAUAUGCCAGCCUCGGUCGCUUCAGCACCGGUGCACCGCACCACUUCGAAGACGCCGGCGUCGCGGAAUAAGAAGGCUGCGGGAACGAAAGCGCCAGCAAAGGCCGUCAACGACGUUACCAAUGGGGCCGUCCAACCACACGCCUCCCCCUACGAGAUCAUGGCCUCAAGGAUCGCAAACCGUGUCGCGGAGCUGGCAGAGAACAUCACCUUUGUCGAGCGAGAAAAGCCGCGGCCACAGUCGCCUCCUCAACCAGCCCAGCAAACCCGCCGCAAACCUCCACGAAAACUCGAAGUGCGAAUCCCGCCCUCGGGCACCUCGCCCACCAACGUCACCUUCUCCGCACCCUUCCUCGACAACACGCUCGGGAAGCUGCUGGCACUGCAAAACCGCAUGUUGCAGGUCAGCCGGGACAUUGCGGCGAGCGAAGAUGUCGACGAGGCCGUCAAGCAGGAGCAGUUCAACCAGGCGGCCGAGUUGUCGCGGAUCAUUGCGUUGAUUUGCGCCGAGAAGGCGCGGCAGGGAGCCUAAGUGUUGAGACUGAUCGGUUUUAUCAACGGUUCCUAUCCGUUACUUUGCUUUGGUCAUUGCGAAGGGUCGUGUCUCGGUUUACUGUGAGCCAAGGGAGGUAUAUAUGGGAGCGAUAUCACUUUUCUUAUUUCCUGCGUUAUAAACAAGGACAUAUUCAUCACGCAAAAGAUGCUUGUUGGGAUGUGCCAUUUUCAUCACACAAACAGUUUGGGAAAGAUAAAUAGCAGAUACCCACGCAAGCUGUGCGACCCUGCAUCUUACCACCUCCCCAU